CCACUCUUCUGGAACCACUCACUGACGAUAGACGAAAGUGAUGCUGAGCUUGUUGAACGUGCCUCUAAAUACACAUCCAAGCAAUCUGAGUAUACUAUCAACGUUGUUUUUCUGCAAGCGAAUAGUCUUUCCUUCCUUAGGACGAGGAAUGACUCUUCAACCGUCGCAGAAGCAAUACUAUUGAAGAAUCUCAGUAAUAACGUUUUGGGAAAUUUUCCCACUAACUUGAAAUACUUAACCUGCCUCGAUAGUAUGUCGCCGUUAGAUGGUGAUUUGAUUGUUUACCUAGAUAACAUUGCCUUAUAUUUGAAUGCUGUGCAUGCGAUGGAAACAAACCUAAACCCAGGGAUCACAGACAUUCGCUCAGGCUGGAAAAGUCGCUUCGGAAAGAUUUAUCUUAACGAUCCAGAAACUCAAAGAUUGGGCGUUUUUCUACAUUUUUGGAAAGAGUCGCGUCGUUUGAGUGAAGUAAUGAAACAUGGAGCCACACCUUGCAACAGCAGAGUACAUAAGGCAAUCCUAACAAUCGAGGAAGGUGAAAGUCAAUCUUUGGAUGUUUUAAAGGAAGCAAAGGACCAAAAAUGGCAUCUUUCAACUUCACAAGGCCUCCUUCAACCUUACAUUUUCACGUUUGAAGAUGAUUCUCAUCUCCACAAUCAUCAAAGUGUUACCAGUUUUUCGAGUCCAAACUGGGCUUUGCAUCUCCGACUUGAUUUUCCUGUCUUUAUGCCAUCAGUUCAUAUUGAAUAUUUUGGAAUCACUAAUUACGGGCAAGCAAAGAAACCAAGAGAGCCAGAAGUUUUCAAGCUGCUCAAAGAGGAUGGAGCAGUUCAAUUUUUGGCUAGAAGGAAUGGUGAAAAUAUCUCUAUUUCAUUUACUUCUGACGAUACCGCUGAGUUGGUAGCUGUGGAGUCUUUUGAAAUAACAAAAUUAACCCAACUUGAGAAAAUUAUUCCUACAAUUAGAAACUACAUUGUCUUCUCCAGUCUUGUCGAUAAUGUGAUGCAAAGUCCAGAUACAACAUUUGUUGCGUCGCCAAAACUGUCGAGACCAAUAAGCCCAAAAGUUAAAGGAUUCACUAAACCUUUCAGAAGGGGUUACAGAUGA